AAACCAUGUGGUUGCUCAGAGUCCACAGGCGAGAAUUUGAUGGCAAAGGCAUGCAAACAGCGCUUGCUCUAAUUUGGUUACGGCAAUGCGGUUUGGGACUCGGUCACAAACUCAUGAAUUAUGUGGCAGCUAUAAGAGUCUCGUGAACCAACUGGGACCCCAACUAUCCCUCCAGCCAGCAAGAAAACUAACCAAGAAAAUCAGAUCAACUAAAACCAGCCAACCAAACGAGGAUAAGUUUUCGUUUUCAUUUUUUCCUUUUUGCCUGUAGGAAAUAACUGUUGCUAGUUUGCAGCUUACUUGUUUCUGCAUGAAUGACAUUAAGGGCCUUGUCUUCUUUUACAGUAUAAAAAGUGUAGGCAGUCCAGAAUACUCUACUAACAUUCAAUGACAUAAAUACAAGACUGUUAGAAAAAUACAAACUGCAUGCAUGUGAAUUACUUCUGUACAGUUCUAUAAAAGGGCCAGUCCUUCUGCUUCAUCUUCAACAGUUUUCAGUCAUUAAUUGCAGUUCCUUAGAAUGUCUUGGUUUUUGACACUAAUCUUCAUCUGUUUCACAUUUAGUAGUAACUACUUGUCAGAAGCCAAGCAUCAGAAGAAACUUCCAUCUGCAGUUGUUGUUGGCACUGUGUACUGUGACACAUGCUUCCACCAGGAUUUCCCCAAGGCCAGUCAUUUCAUUUCAGGUGCAUCUGUUGCAUUGGAAUGCAAUGACACAAGUUCAAGGCCGAGUUUUCGGCAGGAAGUGAAAACGAACAAGAAUGGAGAAUUCAGAAUCCAUCUCCCUUUCUCUGUGAGCAAACACGCCAGGAAGAUUAGGGGCUGUUCUGUCAGGUUACUCAGCAGCAACGAGCCGUUUUGUGCUGUUGCUGCAACGGCAACUUCAUCUUCGUUAAACCUCAAAUCAAGAAAGAGAGGGACACACAUUUUCUCAGCUGGUUUUUUCACAUUUAAGCCCUUGAAGCAGCCUCUAAUUUGUGAUCAGAAACCAAGUACAGAAAAUUUCAAGAAACUGAGUUCUCCUCAGAAACUAUCUCCUAUCGAUAAUCCUGAUGAUCCCGCAUUUCCCCCACCGCUUCGAGAUCCACCAUCUGCUCCUCCAGCAUUAGGCCUCCCCCUCCCACCACUGCCACAGCUUCCACUGCUGCCACCACUCCCUGGAAUUCCAUUGUUACCGCCAGUGCCUAAGAAGGAAAAUGCUGCAAAAGCAUCACAACUAUUGGACAAGAAGGUAAAUCAGCCAACGACAUUCCUGUUGCCACCAAAUCCAUUCAAUCCACCCAGUAUAUUUCCUCCCAACCCUUUACAGCCACCAUCAUCUUUACUUCCUCCACUCCCUUUUCUGCCACCGCCUUUCACUAUUCCUCCUGUACUCCCUUCCCCACCUUCAGUUUUCCCUCCAGUUCUCCCUUCACCGCCGGCCUUCAACUUGCCGCCAGUUCCUGGUUUGGAUCCAUCUCCACCAUCACCAGCUCCGCCGACUUCUCCUGUGCCUCUCCCUCCGUUUCCCAUCGAGCCAACACCUGGCUUUCCAGGAGAGCCGCCUGCUGAUGUUUCUGCUCAACCAAAAACAAGCUCCCCCUGAUCUUUAGCUGCUUUCCAUGUAAAAUUACGCUAGUUUGCAAUGAACUUAUUUACUUUUACCUUUGGCUUUCACAUCCUCUAAUCAGUUUGCACAGUGUAAUAUUUGGUUCUGCUGAGUAUCUCUUCUCUACCACGAAUGAAUCAGAUCUUUUGCUUUUCCGAUUAAA